GUAAUGGCGUCUUUCGCGUUGGAAUCAUAAGCUUGUCUUUGUUUAUAUGCACGGGAACGAUGACGAGGAGUUGUUAAUCUUUUAUUAAAACGCCGAGUGCAAAUUUAUUUAUUCUUCUUGGCCUUUGUACACAGCUAUCUGUUUCUUUCUUUUUUAAUCUGCAUUAUUGGGUUUGAUCGCGUUUUAUCGGAUUGCUCGUGGCGGUUUUAUUUCGUCGUUGCUCAUGUGUUUGUAUAAGAAAGCGUCGCAUCGCAUCGCCGAGGUUACAUUCGCAUUCAAUAGCGCUAACGAAGGAAACGAAAUUUCCAAAGUCCAUUGUUUAUUGUAGCAUGUAAAAUGAGUGGUUCACACGUGCGCUAAUUAUUCGACUUGUUGUGGGAAAGUAUCCGCGAUUGUGCUCACUAACACUCGAGGUACGUCAAUUGCACUAACAAAGGAAUACCAUGAUCGGAACAAGUAGUUUUAUAAUGGAAGGAGGUGGGGUACUUACUGCAGAACGUAGUCCAGCCCGUGCAAAUCUGCAUGUGGCAUUUACUGAAAAGGGAGAAGUAAAAGAACGCCGAGAAAAAUUCUUGACGGCUAAGUAUGGGUCUCAUCAGAUGUCUCUUAUUCGCAAAAGACUCGCAGUGGAGAUGUGGUUAUUUGAUGAGCUAGAAAAAUUAUAUGAGUCAGUUAAUGAUAGUGGUAAGAAUCGAGAAGUUGAAAUAGACAUAGACGAACUUCUUGACAUGGAUAGCGAUGAUCACAGACGGAGAUUUCUGCAAGAAUUACUGGUAGACACAAAAAAGCCACCACAUGAUAUAAAUAAAUUCAUUAAUGAUUUACUUGAAAAAGCUAAAACACUUUGAAGAACUUUCAUGUUCUUCUUAACACUUAUGUGUUUGCAAGGACUUUUUUGAAGCAUUAACAAAUUUGCUCAGAUUUGGAACGAGUCAAAGACAUAUUCAAGCCUUAAAGAGUUGCACAUGCAUGCAACUCGAAUGCCAAUUUAUCAUUACUUGGAUAGAACUUAAUGGGGAAAACAUCAAAUGACUCUGCACAUUUUUAUUCUAGCGUGUAUUAUUUCAUAUUGAAAUCGUAAGCAUUAGUAUCUGACUUAUCUCAGUACAACGGCUAACUUUGUUAGUUAUUUGUGUGCGCAUCGCAUAUCAAGUAAUAAACCUCACAGUACACAAACUGCCUUGCUGUACGAUCCAUCCAAUGUGAUGUAUAGUAGAAAAGUUUGUUCUUCUACACUCUAGUUUUGUAUGCCUCCUAUACUCCAUCAUUCGUAGUAAUAUUUAUGUUGUUAAGAAUUAUUAACUAACAAUACUUCCAAACGUUGUAACUAUACCAAAUGAUUUCUAUGCAUAUCCUAUGUUUAUCGAAUUAUCCCAACUGAGAAUAUGAUUGGGUUUAAACACAGUCUAAUAUUUUUUAUGUUGUAGUAUAAUGAAGUAAUACGAUUUUUUAUUUAUUUUAGAAAAUACUUUAAGGAAGUAAACAAAAAAAAAUAUGCAAAAUUUCGCAUCGAAUGCUUGUACGAAUUAAAGAAGAAAUCUGUUUGAUAAUGUAACAAAAGUGUGUGUGUUUCAGAUGAUUUUAUCACUGGCAUAGUAAAUAACUAAAACGUGGAAAUGACACCUAUCGUUGCUCCAGUACCGAAUCAGUAUUGAAAAUUAUCGCGAAAUAGAAAUAUACUCUUCAGUAAGUUCUCUAAUGGUUAGUUGAAAUUUCAUACAUUCUAAAACUGUUUCAAUUUCAGA